CUUUUACAUUGAUGGAUCAAGAGGAAGAUUUAGUCUUACCAGAAUGAAGCAAGCUAUCAAAAGAAAUAGUACAAACACAAAAGCACGCAGUUUGAGAAGAUUGAAGGCCAUCUUCUCUAGUACUUCAAGGAGAUCUCCUGGAUACAAGCUGGGUGACUCUUCGCUAAUUUCUUCUCAGUUUUCCUAUAAAAGUGUUGUCGAAUCCAACAAUACUUCCGUUGCUCCAGUAUGCUGUUCAGGUUCAAAUUUCCAUUUCUGCAAAAAUCCUGAAUGUCUUGCAGUUUACUCUACAAAUUCAAAUCUGGAAAAUACCCAGAAAGAUGAGACUGCUUCAGUCUGCUCCUGUGACUCAGGUUCAGAAAAUGCUGAUGAAGCGUCUAAAUUUGCAUCCAUUAGAGCCAUAAAGUCAAUUCCAGAGAGAGUUGAUUCCUCUGCGACUGCCGAAAUAUGCUCUUAUGACUUAGAUCCAGAGAUCAUCCAAGAGGAUGAAGCAUCCGAAUACGCUUCCAAUUCAGCUGUGAAGGCAAUCACAGAGAAAAUUAUAUCCUCAAAUACUGGCGCAAUUUGCGCUUCUAGACAAGAGCCGGAGAAUGUCGAUGAAGCGUUUGAAUGCGCUUCCAGUUGGGAUAUGAAGUCGGUUCGAGAGAGCAUUGGUCCUUCCGAGGCUCCUGAAUGGACGGUUAUACCACUACCAGAGGGUGAAACUGAUCUUAAGAGAGAAUUGAAUGGGUUGCUGAGGCAUCUAGAGUAUGUUAAGAAGCAAUUGUAUGAUUUAUGGCUUUCUAAAAGCUCAAAUCAUCGUUUCUACGCCCUGUUAGACUCUCAAAGGUUGACUACCGAGCUGGAGAUUCAAGCAAUCAAAUUGAAGUUAACCGCUGCCCAUGUUCAGGCUAGCGAAGACAAGCAAAUAGUUCUAAAUGGACCUGAGUCACCAAUUGUGAAGACUCCAGUUGCAACCAAAAAGUUCUCCGAGGAUGAUCUCAAGACAGAAUUGAAAGGGUUGUUAAGGCAUCUAGAGUAUAUUAAGAAGCAAUUGUAUGAUUUGUGGCUUUCGAAAGGCCCAAAUCAUCCUUUAUACACCCUGUUGGACUCUCAAAGGUUGACCACCGAGAUGGAGAUUCAAGCAAUCUAUUCGAAGUUAACUGCUGCCCAUGACAAGGCUAGCAAUCUCCAUGAAAGGUACCAGAAAACGGCUCAAAAUGGACCUGAGUCACCAAUAGUGAAUCAUCCAGCUUUACCUAAAAAACGCUUCGAGAAUUGUGAGGCCGAUCUCAAGAGAGAAUUGAAAGGGUUGUUAAGGUAUCUAGAGUAUGUUAAGCAACAAUUGAAUGAGUUGAGGCUUUCUAAAGGUUCAAAUCAUCCUUUAUACACCCUGUUGGACUCUCAAAGGUUGACCACCGAGCUGGAGAUACAAGGAAUCUAUUCGAAGUUAAAUGCUGUCCAUGACCAGGCUAGCAAUCUCCAUGAAAGGUACCAGAAAACGGUUCAAAAUGGGCCCAAGUCACAAAUUGUGAACGAUACAGCCGCAAUCAAAAAGAGCUUCGACAUACGUGAGACUAGUCUCAAGAACGAGUUGAGGAUGUUGUUAAACGAUCUUCAACAUACUGAGAAGCACAAUGUCAAGUAUAGGGAGGCAUGCGGACCAAGUAUCGUCUCGGACUUCUGUGGAUCGGAGAUUGAACUGCGGGAACGUGCAAUGAAUUCCAAGUUAAACGCUACCCAUGAUCAGGCUAACAAUCUCCACGAAGAGGACCAGGCAACAGCCCAAAACGAAGCCGAGUCACCGAGUGAGAAUUGUCUAACUCCACCUGCACCCAAAACAAGCCAGAAGAAGCCUGAACCAGAACUCAACAGAGAAUUGAAGGGUAUUAUGCAUCAAAAAGGUAUUGGGAAGGGUAUUGCGAUGAGAAUUAAGACCCUUGAAGCUUAUUGCUAGACCAAAUCGGCCAUCAGUAUGCAAUGUGUUUGUGGUUCCCGAUAAAAAUAAAGAUUCAAUGCAGGGAACGGUUAAUAGUCACCACUUUAUCUACCUUGUGAUAAUUGCUCUAUAAUUGCAGAGUUACACUAGGAAUUGGGGGAUUCCUAACUGUGUAAUGCCAUAUUGCAUGACAACGAGCAGUAUUAUAUGGGCAGGUCAAUUGGGGGCACACACCUCUCUGGCAAAGAAUCUCCAGGAACACAAACACACUGGUGGGCUUGCUAAAAUUGAUAAGGGUUUGCAGUUGUAAAGGAUAAUAAAAGGUGAUGAACGGUGUUGAUUCAGGGUUUUGAAGGUGCUGGUUCAGGUUUGCAAAAGAUCUUGGCUAAUGCUAAGGUUGGUUUAUUUUAUUGGUUCAAGGUCGUGAAGUAUAGUUGCUAUUAUAAAUGUUAUUGUUCCAGAUGU